UCUAAUGGCUUUUUGUAGUUCUUCUGACAUAUUUACUUGGCUUCAAAAUCUUCCACCAGUUACUCAAUGGAAAACCAAUUCAAUGUCCAUGUGCAUAUGUCGAACUUCACCUCUACCAUCCCUCAAUCUCUCUGUGGUUAUAAAUGACCAAUCUCAAACUCUUACUUUUUUUAUAAUAGCAAAUCUCAACAUGCCCAUAAUUCUUUGGUCUUCAAAACCAUUCAAAGUUUCCACCAAAUCCUCCAAUCUAUUGGAUGAACAAACCAUUUCUAAUCUCUUGAUCAAUCUCAUUGAAGUUAUCCUCUGUUAUGACUCAAACAAGAGUAAUCAAUCAUUUGUCAAAAUUUCGACAUCGUAUUUUAUUUCUACCAUCAAAGACAUAUUCAAUUUUGUAUUUCUCACUCUAGCAUUCUUAAUAUGCAUCUAUGAAGCUCCGACAAAUCUCCGUUCGAGUUGUUUAAAUAUUUUAAAGAACAAUCUAAUUACUUGUCGAAUGAGGGAAGCUUCAAAGUCGCUUAUGAAGCUCUUAGGAUCAAAUCUUGAAGAACAAUGGAUGCGAUCACUAAAUCUUGCAAUCACUAAUUGGAUAAUUGAACUUCAAGCCACACACCAUAGUCUCAAGACACCAUCACCACUAUUUUCUUAUGCAAUUUCAACAUAUGGGUUGUGGAAAGUUCAAUUAUAUUGUCCUCUCAUUGCCAUGGAUAUUGAGCAUUCAAGUAAUCCGUUAUCAGAUGAAAAGCUACAAUUCUCCUUGAACUACCACCAGCUUGAAGGUGUAAUCCAAUUCAAUUACCGAGUUAUACUUCAAGAGAAAUAUAUUAACUUGAUGGUAAACACAGACAAUAUAAGAUAUAAUAUUGUUCGAAUUAUAAAUGAGAAACUCAUGGUUGAACAAGGAGUUGGUGCAGAAGAAAAGCAUUUUCCUUCACGAAUAUUUCUACAACUCACUCCAACUAUUCAAACAAAUAUUUUAAGUGUUUCUGUGAGCAAAUCCUCAAACAACCCACAAAGAGAAAUUGAAAUAGAGAAAAACCUUGAAGCUGCAUUUGAUCCACCCAAUACUUUCCUUGGCCUCAAGGCAGCUGUUGCAGAAACCACAACAACAAGCCUAAAGCCUUGGAAAUUUGAGCAAUCUGUUAUUGGCUAUAGUGUUAACUUGAAUUGGUUUCUUCAUGACAGUAUUGAUGGUAGAGAGGUUUUCUCUUCAAAGCCUUCAAAGAUUUCUCUACUAAAUCCUAGAGCUUGGUUCAAAGAUAGGUAUUCAAGUGCUUAUAGACCUUUUACAAGACAUGGAGGUGUGAUUUUUGCUGGUGAUGAAUAUGGACAACAUGUGAAUUGGAAGAUUGAUAAAAGUGCCAUAGGGAGCACAAUGGAGUGGGAGAUAAGGGGAUGGAUUUGGGUAACAUAUUGGCCUAAUAAGUAUAGGACCUUUUACAAUGAGACUAGGAAGUUAGAAUUUAGAGAACUUCUUAAUGUUGAGAUUGUUUAGCUUACAAAUUAAUUAAUAGCAUUUAUAUAAAAAAAGUCAAAAGUAAGUUCAUAUUAGUCUAUAAA